AACCGCACAACUCUCUCUCAACCUCCUGCCUCUCACCUCCCUUCCGACAUCUACCAUGGCGAACCCUGUUGUGUUCUUCGACAUCACCAUCGGCGGGCAGACCGCGGGACGCAUCGAGAUGACGCUCCGCCAGGACGUGGUGCCGCGAACGGCGGAGAACUUCCGAUGCCUCUGCACCGGCGAGAAGGGCACCGGCAGGUCUGGGAAGCCCCUGCACUUCAAGGGCUCCUCCUUCCACCGCGUGAUCACGGACUUCAUGUGCCAGGGCGGCGACUUCACCCGCGGAAACGGAACCGGCGGCGAGUCUAUCUACGGCGAGAAGUUCGCUGACGAGAACUUCCAGCUCAAGCACACCGAGCCUGGGGUGCUUUCGAUGGCAAACGCCGGAGCCAACACGAACGGCUCCCAGUUCUUCCUCUGCACCGUGGUGACCUCCUGGUUGGACGGCAAGCACGUGGUCUUCGGAAAGGUCACCAAGGGCAUGGAUGUGGUGAAGGCGGUCGAGGCCGUGGGCUCUUCCAGCGGGAAGACCAGCUCCCCUGUCGUGAUCGCCGACUGCGGCCAGAUCUCCUAGGUUAGGUUGACCGUUCCUAACCUACCUGGUGUAAAGGUCUAGGCCCUCGGCAGGACGAAAGAAUGAAAGACAGCAAACGGCGGCAGGGCAAACGGAGGGACAAGCAGCAGUAGUUCAGCGUUUUGCCCUCGUCGCUUCUGCUGUUUCUGUUCGUUGUCCAAUCCCGGCAUCUGUCGCUGUCAUGUGAAGUGUACAAGAGGUGGGGGUAGAGGGGUGUGCGUGCGAGAGACGUGUCGCCUACGGUACUUGACGUUUCCUUGUUGUUCGCUUUUCUCCGGCAAGGAAGAAUCUUUGGCGAAAUGCGGCCGGCGAAGUUUCGAGAGCCAUGCUUUUUUUCUAUAACCGAUUUCGAGAGGUGGUAUUGCUCGGAAAGAGCGGGAGAGGCGUCGUUUUGCUGCAGGGCGUCGUGGGUAGAUGGUACAUGCGCAGUCGAUUAACGAGUCCUGUAAGUGAUUUUUUUUUGGGCGGGUUCGAAGGGGACAGGUGGUGGCAUGAGAGAGAGCGAGAAAGAGGUAAAUACGCGGAACAGAGUUAUUUAGCCACGGGUGGGGUGGAGUGCAAGCUUGUCGGAAUUAGGGGGCAACUUUUGGAGGAUAAAAUAGAGGCGAGGUGUGGGACAAAAAACGCGUGCGCAAACUUGCGAUUUCUUUCUGGGACUUCCCGGUGUAGACUGCUCUCUCUCUCGCGGUGCCUAUUAUGGUCGUGUGUGCUACGAGUGUAAUUUCGACAGGUGCAUGACGUUCCGCGAUUCAUAGCGUAACUGGGGCUUACGUGACGUAGAUUGCAGGAGCGGAGGUUUUGGGCUGGAAGAAUCCCCUCUAUAAACGAGAGAGGGAAAUCGCACCGUACCGCUGGUGUGUCCGGAAAGGGGAGGGCGGUACGAAGAAAACACGGCAGCGUUGUUGUAGUUUUGGGAAUAUUUGCGCCGGUUUUGGGUUAUAGCCAAAAUUGUUCGCUGGUGGGUGUGGGAACACGCGGGGGGGUGUUGAAUGACCCCUUGUAGAGGAAUUUUGUUGGUGUUUAACAAGGCUUUGGCUGUGUGUUCGGGCGCUGUCCCCGUGCGAAUUCACGGAACGGAAUGGCAAACCGCUUUCUUGAUUCUGGAGAAAACAAGGCCGCAACUUGAACAAUAUUGGACUGUGAGGACGUGAGGUCCACACCUUCGUGCAUGCAGCGGGAGGACACGGAAAACACUGACACGCACGAGACAAGAGUGUUGAUCGAAGUUGAUCGCUCGGAUGAGGUGAAGUGGGUAAGCGCACUUUUGGCGUCG